CUUCCUCCUCCUCACCGCCGCCAAACUCUGCUCACCAUGUAUCUCAACCGGGAGGAGAACAAUAGCAAAGGCUCCUUGUCACUCAGUGUGUUCCUGGUCUCCCUAGCAGUGACAGUGUGUGCUGUGUGGCUAGUGGCUCUUUGUGGCGUCUGUGGUUGGUGUCAACGCAAGCUGGGGAAGAGAAAUAAGCCGGGAGUGGAAACGGCCGACACUCCGGACUCGGCACGUGGGCGAGGGGAGAAGAAAGCCAUCAAUGAUCUAGACAGAGACUUUUGGAAUAACAAUGACAGCAGCACAGUGCAGCAGAAGUGGAGCUCCUAUCCGCCAAAGGAAUUCGUACUUAACAUUUCUCCUUAUGCCCCAUAUGGAGAUCCUCGCCUCACACUCAAGUGAGUCUUGGUCCAAGGUUGGUAAGAGCCUCCCCCCCCCCCACACACCUGAGCUGAGCAGGGCUGUAAUGAGAAAAGAGCACCACCACUCCUUUCUGUAUCCUUCCUUUCCUUUCAUGACCCUUCCCUCCCUUUGGCUACACAAUCACCACCACUUACUCGAGGUGUAACGGUACACACAUAUUU